GUUCGGAGGGAGGGGGGGGGGCAAAAAAAAUAAGAGUGUGCCGAAAUGUACGGGCGACGACCGGCCAAUGACCUGACUAAGUUAGACCUAAAGACCUAGGUCUCAAAUGUGACUGUGGGUGUGAUUUUUUGUUGUAAAUAUUUCGUGUUUUAUUACUUUUGUUGACUUCGGUAUUUUUGGGAUAAUGACUGUUGAAAUCUCCAACGGAUGACAGCACUGGGACCGGGGUGGAUGGAGAGACUCCAGCUCCCAAUGGCUCCAUCUUCACCAUGACCCUGAAGAAUAACCACCUCAUUGUCGAAACAGAAGAAAGGAAUGAUAUCACCAAGAAUGGUCGUGAAACGAAAAUGAAGUAUUCACCAGACAACGACGGUAUCUUUGUUGUGGAAGUGCAGCAGUCGACCACCUAUAGACCUAGCAAAAACAUUCACAACUCGCCGCCACACGAGUCUCAGAUCUCGACGAACCAGGCUCUCAUCCACCGCGUACCUGAAGACGUGGAGAAGAAAAUUGAGGAGGACAGUGAAAGGAGUAGCACAAAGUUUGAAAGAGAUAAAGCACUUGCCCUUUCUAGCACAGGAUUAUCCAUCUCAGAUCUCAGCAUGUCGUCUAUUGGAUCACAUAACGUUAGCUACUCGUACAGUAGUCAGAUGGGAUAUGAACAAGGUCCGUUUGGGUAUCCGGUUUACGCUGGAUAUGACACGUCAAAAGACGAUGUCCCCGAAGGUAUUGUCUACGAUAAUUCUCAAGAGCCUUUGAUUAGUAAGACCCCAACUGACCCCGAUAAGCCGGUAGUAACAGCGGCGAUAUUCAAGCAGGACUCCAUUAUAGGUAGCGAUGCUUUACAAGGCCCGGGAUACUGCAUCGAGGGUUCAACUGAUGGUCCCUUACUGUCUGAUGUUCAAGCCAGGGAAUAUAGCUUACAGCAUCUUCACGAUCAGAAAAAAAUGGAAAAUGGCGUCGCUAUACCUGUAUUAGAGAAAGUCGAGGGUUCGAAGUCGUUAAAUCGAGCUGACAGUCUCCCAGUACGGUUAGAGGAGGAUGAACCGGAGAUAGUACCGAUGGCAACUAUAAAGGAAGAUGAGGCGCCGACGAAAGAUAGCCUAAAAGGUAAGAGGGCCUCUUUGCCAAUCAUCAGGACAGAUGUGUACGAAUCAGUAAAGGACGCGAUCCUACCAUCAGGGUCCCCUAAGUUUGAGAAGCUGAUGAAUGACACGUCGCCAGGGGAUAGUGCGUUUGACUCGCCGCCAAUGAUCACCAUAACAGAAGAGAGUGAGUCCAGCAAGUCUGACGGCACAAGUUAAUUCUGCGCUCAUUUUAUGUAUAUAGUAUAUUUCAGGUUGUUUUUGAUUUUCUAUUGAGUUGUCAGCGAGAAUAAUGGAGGUAAAGAUGCAGCUGAGAAAAGGAAAAUGAAGUUUAAUCACAUUGUGAUAUUGAAUUCAAAAAUAUUACACAACAAACCAUGACUGAAAGCUUUUUGACAAAUAUUUUAAGUACUACCUCAAAAUACCACAACUCAAAAUCAUCUAUGACUACUUUUGUACAUCCACUUUCUUGAUCCUCUUCAUCUCUGUCUUCAUCUUUCCUUCGAUCAAUUUGAUCUCUUGGUCUACAUUGUUCUCACUGCUCCGGACAUAAAUCAUUUUGUAAAAUCUAUUAAAGUAGUCGUAAGCUUGGAGUCACCUCAUUUGAGUUAUUUUCAGCAACUAGAUGUAUUGACCUCGUGUGUGUCGCUCCGUAGCUGAAUUUGUAUAAAAUAGCAACUGCCGGGAUAUUUAGAUGAAAGUCGAUGCCAAUUUAACCGUGAGUGUAUUUAAUGCGCUUUCAACGUGAAUUAUAGAACUUUUUAAUCCGAAGUCUUUACUUCAAGAUACGGUACAUGUGCUAACUAAAGAUUGUAGAAGCAUAAAUGCAAUGGAGUAAGGAAAUUUUAUCUUAGAAAUAAGAAUUAAAGUAUUAUUAGGAUUGGAAGUUAUGUAUAAGGUUAGGUUCGAGAAAGUAAAACUGUUUUGUGAGGAAGGGAAUUUAUUAUGAAGGCUACCUUUGUGUAAGUGCCUAGACUAGGAACUCUUAAAGCCAAAAUGCUGCCAGUGAGGAAGCGAGAUGGCGCUACAUAAGACGUAGCGGUGGCUCGCUUCCAUAACGACAAUAGUCCUGCGUUUGGAGUUCAUAGUAAGCGCAUUGGAAUGUAAAAUGGAAGUUUAUUAAAAUAGUAUUUUGGAUUAUGAUAAGAUUUUUGGUGGAUAAUGUGGAUAAUUAUGAAUAAAGAUCAAUAAUGAUAGGAAGUAAAAGAAUGCUACUAAUUAAAAAUGUCAAAGUGGGAUCUAAAUAUUCCGGUGAAUAGAAAAUAUGCAAGAACUCUAAAAUGAAAGAAAUCUGUCGGUUAAAUAUUAACGAAUUAAUAAAAAAAAUCUGUAAAAUAAUCAACUGUGUUAUUAAUAGUUUCGAUAGCAACUAAAAUAAUAACUUUAUAGACGUUUUUGGUGAAACAAAUACAGUACCUAAUCUUGGAUCAAAGUUUGUAGCCAUCAAUUUGAACAAAUAUUCGAUGUGCGUAGGGAUAAUAUUGUGAGCCCUAGCGCUUAGCCCUCGAGUCUAGAUUUCAGCGUUAACCGUAACAUGCAUAGGGUGUUGUUUUUAUGGCAUUUCCGUUAUUGAUCGUUGUGGCCAAUAUAGAGUUACGUAUAGUUUAAGGGAUAGUGGAGAAAAUGUUGACAGGGUUGUCACUUAUCAGUUUUUUGAAAACAGAAUACUUUGCACUUUGAUAUUUGCACUUAUUCACAUGUUACUAUAUAAGCAGUUUUUCUCAGAAUAUUUACAAAAGGACGACACGAAAAAUUUGUUAUUAAAAUAUUUUUUAUUAUUCAAAGUGAUGACCCUAUUAACUUUUUGUUUCUGCGUGUACACCAAUUUUCGCUACUAAAUAGAUUAAGAAACUAAUUGUUAAAAAAAAUAUUUAUAAAAUAAGGAAUUGAAAUCUAAUAUUCAAUGCUCUUUCAUUUUAUUCUUAUAGUUUAUAAAUCAAUGAAUAUAUUAUU